UGUUGAGCAAGCUGCGGCAACGCUUUCGUAUUGCAAGACAAAGUGAUCUGUUUCCGAAGGAUGUCACCCCCGCUUAUGGCAAGCCUAGGUGUUAUCCCGCUCUCCGUCAUUUCUGUGUGCGCUAUGCCCGAACAUUCUAUACGGGUGUUAUUCCCUGCCAAAACCAUCCACACGGGAUUCCCGAUAUUGAACAGCCUGAGAAAGAAGUGUGUGUUCCUAGUGACGAGUAUGUUCCUUAAAGAUUCUGUCCAACUAAAUUCACUUUCAGAUUACUAGGAAGCGAGUUUAGCGUCAAGGAGGUCAACAGGAG